AUGCCAUUUGGCUUUAAAUACUUGCAGCAAUCUAGUUACCAUUCUUCAAAACAAUUGUGCUCUGGAAGCCACAUAUCUGAGUGAAUAUCACAAACAAGCACACUAUACACAGUUGAAUUCAUUGAGUAGUGAAGAUGAGCGUUGAAAUAUUGGAUGGUGCUACCAUAGUCAAUUUCCUGGAUGAUGAAGAAGCAUUCAAUCUCAUAGUGCAAGACAGGUUCGCUUGCCUUGACACAGACAAUGAUGGUCUUCUCUCAUACACUGAGAUGCUGAAGGAGUUGCAGAGUCUAAGGGCCUUCGAGACUCACUUUGGCAUUGAUGUGCAGCCUGACCCAGAUGAGCUUGCCCAGGUUUACGAGUCCUUGUUUCUGCAAUUCGAUCAUAACUUGAAUGGGACAGUUGAUCUGGAAGAAUUCAAGGAGGAGACCAAGCAGAUGUUGCUGGCUAUGGCCGAUGGAAUGGGAUUCUUGCCUGUUCAGAUGGUUUUAGAGGAAGAUAGCAUCCUCAAAAAAGCUGUUCAAAGAGAAUCAAAUAGAGCUGUUGCUUAAGGACAUGAUGUUAGUUAACUCAAAUUAUGUGUUGCACUGUAUGUUUUCUCCUACGUCCAAAUUGUCAUUUUCUAGAACUUGAUCACUCCCAGACAAUGCAGUUUGGCACAACUGUCAAGUUUUGUAAGCUGACAUACAGUUCAAGUUCCUUUAAGUUUUAUUCAAUAUUCAGUUUCAUUGCAAACUUUUUGUUUAAUUUGAUAUUAUCCCCAAAUUCUUGAAAA